GUUCCGAUAGGUUGUUAAGCAAAAUAAAACAUUCAUCCAAUUAUAUGUAUUGCAUUGGCUAUGGAUUCAUUAAUCAUCUAGAGCUAGUAUUGCAGUAUAAAUAUGCAACUCAAUUAUUUUCUGUCAGGCUAUUUUUAAGGAAGCCCGGGCGUCUCCCCAAUGCAUUCUGGUAGCGGCCGCGCUCCUCUGUUGGGAUCCAGCGCUAACGUUAAACAGGUGAGAGCCAACUGUUCUCCAUCAUGUCUGUGCGAGAGUCCUUUAACCCAGAGAGCUACGAGCUUGACAAGAACUUCCGACUCACACGUUUUGCUGAGCUGAAGGGUAGCGGCUGUAAGGUUCCCCAGGAUGUCUUACAGAAGCUUCUGGAAAGUCUACAAGAGAACCACUAUCAGGAGGAUGAACAGUUUCUUGGAGCUGUUAUGCCCCGACUGGGCAUAGGGAUGGACACCUGUGUCAUCCCACUCAGACACGGGGGCCUCUCACUGGUCCAGACCACAGACUACAUCUACCCCAUCGUGGACGACCCCUACAUGAUGGGGCGGUUAGCUUGUGCCAACGCUUUGAGUGACCUGUAUGCCAUGGGCGUGACGGAGUGUGACAACAUGCUCAUGCUCUUAGGAGUGAGUAACAAGAUGUCAGAAAAGGAGCGGGACAAGGUGAUGCCGUUGAUCAUUCAGGGCUUCAAGGACGCGUCAGAAGAAGCGGGCACGUCGGUAACGGGGGGCCAGACGGUGCUCAACCCCUGGGUGGUGAUAGGUGGAGUGGCUACCACGGUCUGCCAGCCCAAUGAGUUCAUCAUGCCUGAUAACGCGGUACCCGGGGACGUGCUGGUGCUGACCAAGCCCCUUGGCACGCAGGUCGGGGUGGCCGUUCACCAGUGGCUUGAUAUCCCAGAGAAGUGGAAUAAGAUCAAGCUGGUUGUAACCCAGGAAGAUGUGGAGCUAGCCUAUCACGAAGCUAUGAUGAACAUGGCUCGACUCAACAGGACAGCGGCCAGCCUGAUGCACACCUUCAACGCCCACGCCGCCACCGACAUCACGGGGUUCGGAAUCCUGGGGCACGCUCAGACGUUGGCGCGGCAACAGCGGAGCGAGGUGUCGUUUGUCAUCCACAACCUGCCGGUCCUCGCCAAGAUGGCCGCCGUGUCCAAGGCCUGCGGCAACAUGUUUGGGCUCAUGCACGGAACUUGCCCGGAAACAUCAGGGGGCCUGCUCAUCUGCCUCCCCCGGGAACAGGCGGCCCGCUUCUGCGCGGAGAUCAAGUCCCCGAAGUACGGCGAGGGCCACCAGGCCUGGAUCAUCGGCAUCGUGGAGAAGGGGAACCGCACCGCCCGCAUCAUCGACAAGCCGCGGAUCAUCGAGGUGGCGCCGCAGGCCGCCACCCAGAACGUCAACCCCACCCCCGGUGCCACCUCCUAAUCCUUCCCCCUCCCCCCCCCCAACCACCCCCGGAGCAACACGGAACCGAACUCAAGAGCUCCGCUCGACCGUUCUCAACACACACACCACACCACACACCACACACC